AUGACGGCUUCCGAUCUUCUCGACCGUCUCAACAGAGAUGGCUUCGUGGUCAUUCCUUCGAUUCUCACGGAGGAACAACUCACGAAGCUCCGGGACGCCACUCAACAAGCCACAGCGCUGGCCCGAGCCGGCAAAUGGCCAAAUGUCCGGACCCUUCCGAAACAGUUUCCUCCGUGGCCGGUUGCCACUCCCGAAGCACCCCCUGAAGGUAUCUGGGGAGUGCAGAGCAUGAUGCACCCAGAUAUGCCCAAUAGCAACGUCUUCAUCCAGACUUACUUCUCGGAUGCCGUUAUCGAGCCUACAAAGCAGCUGCUGCAAUGCACCGACAAUGAUCUUGUUAUGGAACUGUUCAACCUGCUUGUCCGGCCGGACCACGACUUCGAGCUCCGAUGGCACAGAGACGACAUUGCGGCGACAGCUGCUGCAGACGAGGAGCUGGAUCGCCUGAACAAGCCGGCAUACUCGGCGCAAUGGAACUUGGCUCUUUACGAUGACAAUAGUCUCAUUGUCGUUCCGGGUUCGCACACCAGAGCCAGAACAGACAUCGAGCGCAACGCGGAUCCAUACGAGAAGGAGAUCCCGAACCAACUAUUCGUCGAGUUGAAGGCGGGCGACAUAGUCUUCUAUAACAACAAUAUCCUCCACCGUGGCGCCUACAUAGCCAGCAAGGAGCGCAUGACAUUGCAUGGAAGCGCCGGUCAUGUCAAGGGCAGCACCCUCCGGGCACGCAACGUCCUUCAACACGGGCUCAAGGGCUGGGUGGACAAGGUCGAUUUGAGUACACUAGGUGAGAAGGAGAGGGCGAGGGCAGAGAACAUGCGGAGAAUGCUUGUUAAGAUGGGACAGGAAGCGGGGGAGGUGGGAUACUCUCUGGAGGGGUAG